GGGCCGGCGCGGCCGCACCCGCAGUGCCUGGACUUCAAGCCGCCGUUCCGGCCGCCGCGGGGCCUCGCCUUCUGCCGCCGCUACGCCGAGUUCGGCUGCUGCGACCCGCGCCGCGACCGCGCCCUGCUGCAGCGCUUCUACCGCCUCAGCGCCGGCCUCGACGAGCGCACCUACGCCGCCUGCGCCGGGCACCUGCAGGACCUGCUGUGCCAGGAAUGCUCUCCAUACGCAGCUCACUUGUAUGAUGCUGAAGACCCCUCCACCCCCGUGAGGACGAUACCAGGGCUGUGCCAGGACUACUGCGUUCAAGUGUGGCAAAACUGCCGCUCCAUUUUCCGCUCCCUCUCCGCGGACCCGGAGUUAAUCGCGCUGGAAAACAACGUGGCAAAGUUCUGCCGCUACCUGUCCCUGGAGGACACCGACUACUGCUUCCCACAGCUGCUGGCUAACCAGAACCUGAACCAGAACCUGGGCCGGGUCACGGCCGACGCCGAGGGCUGCCUGCAGCUCUGCCUGGCCGAGGUGGCCAACGGGCUGCGCAACCCCGUGGCCAUGGUGCACGCCAACGACGGCACGCACAGGCUCUUCGUCGCAGAGCAGCUCGGCCUGGUGUGGACCUACCUCCCCGACGGGUCCAGGCUGGAAAAGCCUUUUCUGAACAUCAGCGAAGCUGUGCUCACCUCGCCUUGGGAAGGAGACGAGAGAGGGUUCCUGUGUAUCGUCUUCCAUCCUAAAUUCAAAUUUAACGGGAAAGUGUACGUCUACUAUUCAGUCGAAGUCCGUUAUGAAGAGAGGAUCCGAAUCAGUGAGUUCAGAAUUUCUCCUACUGACAUGAAUACCUUGGACCACGGUUCUGAAAGGAUAAUCCUUGAAAUAGAAGAACCUGCUUCCAACCACAAUGGAGGAGAGCUGCUCUUUGGAGAUGAUGAGUAUCUCUAUAUCUUCACUGGAGAUGGAGGCAUGGCUGGGGAUCCUUUUGGCACCUUUGGAAAUGCCCAGAACAAAUCAGCCCUGCUGGGCAAAGUGCUGCGGAUCGAUGUGAACGACAACGACCGGGGGCCCCUGUACCGAAUCCCUCCUGACAACCCUUUUGUCAGCGACCCCACGGCUCGCCCCGAGGUCUACGCCUACGGAGUCAGGAACAUGUGGCGCUGCUCCUUCGACAGGGGGGACCCUCACACCAGGGAAGGCAAGGGGCGCCUCUUCUGUGGAGAUGUGGGGCAGAACAAAUACGAAGAGGUCGACAUCGUCGAGAAAGGGAAAAAUUACGGCUGGGGGGCGAGGGAAGGGUUCAGCUGUUACGAUAGAAAACUUUGCGCCAAUUCGUCCUUGGAUGAUGUGCUUCCAAUUUAUGCAUAUCCACACAAAAUGGGGAAAUCCGUCACAGGGGGCUACGUCUAUCGAGGCUGUGAGUCUCCAAACCUGAAUGGCCUGUACAUAUUUGGUGAUUUUAUGAGUGGACGCCUGAUGUCUUUGAAGGAGGAUCAUGCUACUGGAGAGUGGCAGUACAGUGAAAUCUGCAUGGGGACAGGACAAACGUGCAUGUUCCCUGGGCUUAUCAAUAACUACUAUCAAUACAUCAUCUCCUUUGCUGAAGAUGAAGCAGGGGAAUUGUACUUCCUGUCUACUGGUGUGCCAAGUGCCACAGCUCCCCAUGGAGUGGUGUACAAAGUGGUGGACACCUCCAGGACAGCACCACCAGGAAAAUGCCAAGUUGAGCCAUCGCCAGUGAAAGUCAAGAGCAAGCGCAUCCCGUUUGUGCCAAAGGAGAAGUUUAUAAUGAAAACACCGACAGCACAUCCGCGGCUGAAGAGCACGACGCCGAGGGGAGGCGAGCCGGGGGGGGGGGGCCGCGCCCGCGGCAGGGUGGAGAUUUUCAUCGACGGCGAGUGGGGCACGGUGUGCGACGACGGCUGGAGCUCGCCUGCCGCCGCCGUGGUGUGCCGCCAGCUCGGCUUCCCCUACGCGGUGCGGGCCGCCAAGAAGGCAGAGUUCGGGCAGGGCAGCUCCCUGCGCAUCCUCCUGGAUGAUGUGCAGUGCUCCGGGCAGGAGCGGACGCUGCUGGAGUGCGCCCACGCCGAUGUCGGCACGCACAACUGCUCGCACGAGGAGGAUGCUGGCGUGGUGUGCAGCCGGGAGGAGGUGACACAGUGACCGGAGGGCAGGGGGAGGCAGCUGAGGGACUUGGAGCACGUCCCUUUCUUGUCCAACCCUCUGGACCAGCUGCAGUAUUGAGGAGGGUGUGCCCUGCCUUGAGGAUGCUGCAUCUGUUCAAAGUAAUCUUGUGUUUCCUUCAUGUUUGUCCCGUGCAUCUGCCUCAGAGGCGGAAAAACAAAAAGUAAAAUAAAUCACCAAAUUGAGUGUGUUGUGGGCAGGGAUUGCAUUUCUAUGGGUUUUUUUGUAGUAAGAAAUCCCCAAGCGUCAGCCCUUAUAGAUCAGAAAAGAGAUGCAUCCUGUUGCCCUUUCCCAUUUCAAAAUACAACAUUCUUCAGCUGUGCUUCACAAUAUUUUGGCAGAAGAUAUAUUCCCAAAUGACUGUGUUUCACUCUUACAGAAGCAUUUGCAUUGUUUGCCUUGCUUUGCCACCUGCAGCUCUGAACUGAGGUUUCUAAGGACAUGCCUUUCUAAACAUGUGCCUUUAUUUGCAAAUCACAAAAGUAUAUAUAUGUGUAUAUAUUUAAACUUUCCACUCACUACUUAAAAGGAAAAUUAUUUUUCAGUAAUGCUUUUUUUGGUAUAAACCUAUUGGUCAUCAAGAAUAAGCAAAAUCAAAUUACUUAGAAGAAAUCAUAGUGUACUGCAUAGAAAAUAUUUCUGCAGUUUACCUUAGCCUAAGUGAAAAGAAAAUCUAACUUUUUUUACAUUAACAGGAUUGAAAAUUUGUCCCUUUUUAGAUAAACAGGAUCAUUAUCCAGUUUGGCUCUGAAGAUAUUUUGUACAAGUUUCUCCACUUUCCCAAACUUGAUGAAGGCACAUGUUUUUCCAUUCAGUUUUUCACAGGUGUGAAUGACUAGACAAGAGGUAAUGCACUGGGGCAGUAAUUCUGUAAUAUUUACCCCUUUUUAGAGGAUAUUAAAAAAAGCAACCCUA